UGCCCUUAACUAGCACCAAGCAGUGCUGGUUAACAUUCUCCUACUUCUAUAUAGACCUGAAUCAGUGAGCUUCUACUACUAGAACACAAAGAGGGCAAGUUACAAUGGAAGUGACCAACAGGUACAUAACAACUAAGACUCACAUUGAUGGUGCACCUAAAGAGUCCCACUUUGAGCUAAAGACUGAAGCUCUUGCUCUAUCAGUUGAGCCUGGAUCCAAUGUUGUCAUAGUGAAGAAUCUCUAUGUUUCAAUUGAUCCAUUCCAGAUAAACCGCAUGAAGAGUCAGAGCUCCUCUCAAAAAUCCAUUAGUUUUGCUGUUGGCAUAGCUCCCGGCGAGGUUAUUGAUACUUAUGGGGUGGCAAAAGUGGUGGCUUCUGGAAAUCCAAAUUUUGAGAAGGAUGACUUGGUUGUUGGUCUUAUCACUUGGGGAGAGUAUAGUGUUCUAAAAGAAGGAACCAUUUUAAAUAAAUUGGAUCCAAUGGGAUUUCCACUGACUUACCAUGUUGGGAUUCUAGGGUUAAGUGGACUGGCAGCUUAUGGUGGAUUUUUUGAAGUAUGCAAGCCCAAGAAGGGGGAGAAAGUGUUUGUAUCUGCAGCAUCUGGAUCGGUAGGAAGCAUGGUUGGACAGUAUGCCAAACAGUUAGGUUGCUAUGUUGUUGGCUGUGCUGGAACCAAACAAAAGGUAGAAUUGCUUAAAGAGAAGCUUGGAUUUGAUGAUGCAUUCAACUACAAAGAAGAAACAGAUUUGCAGUCAGCAUUGAAAAGGUACUUCCCAGAUGGAAUUGACAUAUAUUUUGACAAUGUGGGGGGUGAGAUGCUGGAAGCAGCCGUUGAUAAUAUGAAUACUUCUGGUAGAAUUGCUGUUUGCGGGGUAAUCGCCGAGUACACGGAUGCUGGAAAGCGAGCUGCACCAGAUAUGCUAAAUGUUGUUUACAAGAGAAUCAGAAUCCAAGGAUAUUUAGCCACUGAUUAUUUGAAUGUGUAUGCAGAUUUUAUAUCAACAACUUCAGAUCACCUUCGUACUGGAAAUAUGCAGGCACCGGAAGACAUCACAUCUGGUGUGGAGAACAUCCCCUCUGCUUUCAUUGGACUCUUUCGUGGUGACAAUAUUGGGAAGAAGGUUGUUAAGCUUGCAGAUGAGUGAAUUAGAAGGAAAACCAAAAGGGAAAAAAGAAAAGAAAAGAACAAUCCAUUAAUUAUUAGUUGCUGUUGUGGGCAUGGAAAUUGUUGCUGCUAGCAAUAAUUUCAGAAACAAUUUAAGAGACAAUAAUCAA